AAAAUUCAAACGCAGAACAGGAAGAAGAAGUACAGCCCUGUUCUCUAGAUGCGUUAUUAAGAAUUAUUACAAGAGGAAGAUCGGGUUUUAGACACUUCGAGCUAAGAUGAGCACAGUCACCACGCCGGUCUCUCGGAUCCGUACGGGGUGGAUGUCGUCCUCCCUGAAGAACAAGGGGAUGUCUCCAGCAGACUGCAGCACCCCGCUGCUCGCAGCCUUCCCCGGCAACGAUGACGAGCAGGAGCGACGUCAGCGCCGAAAGUCAAGAGUCAUCGACCUUCAAGCGGCCACCGACUCCUCCUUUAACGACUCUGCCUCUCACAGUGCCGCGGGGACUCCUGCUGCCGUGCCCAAGCUGUCCAACGCACAGAUCUCAGAGCAUUACUCCACCUGCAUAAAACUCUCCACUGAGAAUAAAAUCACCACCAAGAAUGCGUUUGGUCUGCAUCUGAUUGAUUACAUGGCUGAUAUUCUCAAACAGAAGGACUCUGAGCUCACAAACUUCAAGGUGGCAGCUGGUACUUUAGAUGCCAGCACUAAGAUCUAUGCUGUGAGGGUGGAUGCUGUUCAUGCCGAUGCCUACAGGGUGCUGGGGGGCCUGGGGGCCGAGACCAAACCUGGAGAAGACCAGGGUUCAAAGGAUGAGGAGAAUGACGGGGAGGCCACCAAACAGCCGAAGAAAAAGAGACCCCCGAAGAAGACGGUGGAGCAGAACUUGAGCAACAUCAACAGCGCUGAGUCUGAGAGGAAGUGUGAGGUGGACCCCAUGUUCCAGCGGAUGGCCUCCUCGUUCGAUGAGAGCAGCACGGCGGGCGUCUUCCUGUCCGUCCUCUUCUGUGAGAACAGUCGCUGCGAGCUGCUGUUUCCCUCCAACAUGACCCUGCUGCAGUCCACGCCCUCCUACUCUCCCCCCCGCCAACUGACUGUCCCUGCAUCGCCUUUCAUGGCCGGACUGCAGCGCUCCAAAGAGAAAAGCUCCAUCUGCCCGUCGCUGCAGGACUUCUCCUUCACCAGCUGGAACCCUGAGCAGACGAUGAACCAGCUGCUGGAGAAGAUGAAGCAGGGCGACCACGUGUUCGAUGUGAACGCCGAGCCGGAGCACGAGGAGGACGACGGCCCCGACUUCGACGCCGACUACGACGAGGGCGACUGUGAGGAGAGAGGGAAGGAGUACAAGGAGGGUUGCGAGGCGUCCGGCUCCGGCAGGGGGAGGGACGUGAUCCCCAUCGGGGAGGGAGACAUCGCCACCAUGUGUCUGCAGCUGUCCUCUCAGCCCAGAGAGUAUUCCUACUUCAGCCCCCGAACCAUGGCGGCCUGGGCCGGGCCCGGGUACUGGCAGUUCAAACCCAAACACAAGCUGGACCAUUUGCCGGACAAGGAGCCGCGUAAAAGGAAGCCCAAGAAGACGGUGGAGAUCGACUUCAACGACGACGUCAACUUCGACACGUUCUUCCGCACCAGUAGAGCGGCCACCACCAUCAGUAAGUCGGCCCUCAAUUCGAGCAACAAGAAGACCACUCUGCCUGCAGACUUCCAGUUCCCCCCAGAGAGCCUCUCCCAGCUCAGCCUCAAGCCCUCCAGCUCGUUGACUCAGGAAGGCCAGAAGAGGCUUUCAGGAGAGCUGGGAGAAGGAAUCGGAGACUACGACUACAACAACCCCAACGACACGGCAAACUUCUGUCCAGGUCUCCAGGGUGGAGACAGUGAUGAUGAUGCUGAAGGGUUUGCAGGAUCAGAAGACCAGCCUUCAGCGGACAGUUUAGCCCCCACCUCUCUGGAGGAUAUCUCCACCUACGGGGAGCAGGACCUGGUGCCAGAGCCACACCGGGUCAACAAGAUCGAGAUAAAUUACGCCAAGACGGCAAAGAAGAUGGACAUGAAGCGGCUGAAGAACGGCAUGUGGAGUCUCCUGACCGAGAGCCCGGAGAAACCCACGGAGGAGACGGAUGCUGUGGAGAAAAUGGAAGUGUGUGGAGAGAAGGUUUUCAGUCAGACCACGAAGACGCUGCUGCAGAGACUGCCGAACACCAUGGCUCAGAAUCUGUCGGUGCCGCUGGCCUUUGUUGCUCUGCUUCAUCUCGCCAACGAAAAGAAUCUUGAGCUGGUGAAGGUGGAUGACAUGUCGGACAUCAUCAUCAGACAAGGCCAUUGAGGAGAAAUGAAUUAUGGGAAUAUGUUACCUCCACCUUCUCUUUGUCACUCUUCACUGUGUCCCCUCUCUGUGUCUUUUUUUAGGUUUUAUAAAGUUUGUAUUCAUCCUCAAGGAAAAACUCUGCCUGUAACGCUUUGAAAAUAGUUUCUCUUUUCCUUUUUUAUUCUGCACUGUUCAUGAUAAUCCAGACUGUAGAGGAUUUAAACUGCUCAAACACAACACAUGUAUAUUGUCAAAAGAAUAAAAACCCUUUUUUUA